AUGGCCAGCAGAUUGCUACGGGAGAGGAUAAAUCCCGCAAUACAUUUUUGUCGGCUUUUCGGUUUGGGACUUUUGCACAGCGACUCGAUCGCUACUCGCAUUGUCGACAUGUUCCUAUUGUUCGUCAACUUUGUGGUGUGCUUGUAUAGUUAUUUUCACAUUACGUCUCUCGUGUCGGAAAAAAUGCCGGACAUAUGGGACAUUACUACGGUCGUCAGCGUGAUAAGGCUGUACAUUCGGAUAUUCUCGACGCCCCUUAUCAUUAUUUUAUCGCAAUUUCAAAAACGCACUUUGACCAGGAUCAUUUGCGAAUUUGACAAUAUCGUGCCCGGGUCUAUCGAACCCGCGUUUCUGUGGUCAUUCGUUUUUUACUCGGUCGUCUGGUUGCUCGGGAAUAUCGUCGGCGAAUGUUUAACGAUGGUCGCGUUCCACGUGCGCACAAAGUUUGAAUAUUUUUCGUUUAAAGAUGUGUUUUUAAUCGUCAUCUUUAACUUUUGGAUGUUCGUACCCUUACUCCAAUAUUUGUUCAUGAUAAAAGCCAUCCGCCUAGGCGUCCAGAACAUUAACGACAGUAUCACUUCGAUGGAACAGUGGAAACUGUUACGGUUGAAAUGGAAAGAACUCGGACGUUUGUCAAUCCACUUGACCAGUAACGUUGUCGGAGAGAUUAUCCUUACGUACAUGGUAUGCAAAAUAGCCGACAUCAUUUUUUUCAUAUUUCUAAUAUACUUUUACGGAUACAAAGAAGGUAGUAAAUUGGUUAUGAGCUUGUUCUUAAUCAACGUUUGUCUGGAGGUUGUAGGGGUAUUCGAGUUGUUCCGACAAUGUAAUAUUUGUAAACUAGAGGUAAUAUAUCAUUCAUUACGCGUCCCAUAUUAUUAAAAACCCCAUUUUUUUUUUUUAUUUUAUAAUCUCCAAAUAUGAAUUGGAAUAAAAAUUAAAACCGUAAUAAUACUCGUAAUAAUAAUGUAUAUUCAUUAGAAUCAUUAGCCUUUAAUAGGUAGUUCUAAGGUGACACAUUUUGAUGCAGCGGGGAAUUUUUGACCAGGUUGAAACAUUACAUUUUAUUUACAAAGUGGAUUAAAUUAUCACCAUUUUAUCAAAUAAUAGGCGUCAUACGUUUGGGUGAGUUACCUUUUUUCCCGCAUAAUAAAAACAGUGUGUUUGGGCGAGUUCCUUAUGUAAAAUAUAAAAGAUUAAAUUGUGAACGACACAUAUUAAUACGUGUCAUAGAAUACGUGCAAAUAAUAUUUUACAAUCAAUCAGUAUCAUUAAUCAGAUAAGAUGACAAAAAUUGCGAUUUCUCCUUGUAGGUAUUAAUUUUAUAUUGAUCUAAACUCAAUAAUUAUAGUUUUUACAAAUGUUAAAUUUGGUCGAACAUUGGAAACGUGAACUCGAUAUAGUGUUAAUAGUUAUUAAUUAUCUUAAGUAGUGUUCCAGAUAGUUAUGGAUCUUAAAAUUAAAAGCGUUUUCACUACAAAACGAAUUAAACGAUGAGUUUUUAUUGAAAAUAUAUAAUCAUACUCGUGAGAUUCCCGAACGGUCAUAAGUCUGUUAAAAUGAGAGUAAAAAUGGUUUGUUAACAGUCGCCCAAACACAUUACAAUAUUUUAAAAUUACUCGAACACAAUGCGAUUUUUACAAACCCGACCGAACGCAAACCGCCCAUUAAAAUUUCCCGUUACUAAUUUUAUUAUGAGCCGAAUAAAGGGUUUAAUUAUGACUGAUGAAAACUUUUUUCGAUUUGCCCAAAAAAAUAACGGGCCCCGUAUAAAAACUUCUAAAAUUUUAGUAUUAUACUAAAUUUCCGUAAAAAAAUGAAUUACUUCAUAAAAUUUAAGCGUUUAUUGAUUUGGAAAAUAAUAUACCUAUGGGGCUAAUGAUGUUUUUUAAUUGAUAUUAUUUAUACGGAGAUAGGACAAUUCGGCGCUGGUCGCUUCGGCCUUUCAGUGCAUAAAAAAAAGAAAAUUAAAAUAAUAUAAUAUAAUUCUGCUUUUUUCGUUUGUGUUUAUAUCCUCAAAUUGUUUUGUAAAAAUUCUCCAUUCAUUUCGAAAGUGUACUUUUCUUUUUAAUUGUACACAAAUACGAAUCGCAUCCUUGAUCUUUCAUUAUAAGCACGUUAUGAUAUAUUCUAUUCUAGGUCUUCUUAUGUGGUUUUCGCUUCAGCGCUCCUUUUUAUAGUCAAUUUCAGCAAACUUUUAUAUUUGAUUAUAAUAUGGUCAAUCCACUAAUUUCGCUUUCUUAUCAAUCUUUUUCAUAAUGUUUUUCAAUCCGAUAUUUUAUUUUUUCGAAACGGAUGAAAAUUGAAUAACAUUAUGUAUCCUACACUCCUAAUAUUUUAUCUACAUUGGCACACUCAUCAGCAGCUUUACUAGUUUUUUUUUAUGAAUCAGUGAAAAUUAUUCGUAUUGCCUUUUAAAAUAUUCUGGUGUUUUUGUGUUAUUUAAAACUACAUGCAAUUUUAUUUUUUUUUUUUACAUCAUACAAAUUAUACAUAAAUUAAAUUAAGUAUGCUAUAUAUUUCAUCUUUUAAACUUCCUGCCCAUGGGCAGUAUAUAAUUGCUUUGAACAUUAUUGUAGGUGGUUUAAUUUUAAUUUUCGGAAUUAAUAACAUCAUAUAGGGAAUCAUAAAAAAACAAUUUGUAUAAUCUUAUUAACAGAACUCGGGACUUCACUUCACUCAAAUCCACAAAAAAAUGAUCAAAGACAUCGAAAAAACCUUGUGUUAGAAAAUUUUGUUUAAUAGCUAGAGCCAUUAGGGGGGGGGGAGGAUUUAAAACCAACUUAAGCUCUAUGACAUUUUUGCUAUCUAAAAUAUUUGUCCAGGGCUCUUUUGACGUUAUCAAGCGAUUUUCUAUGGAUUAUAAAUGCAUAAAGUCCCGAGUCUUGGUUAUAAGUAGAUAAAUAAAAAAUAUUGUAAGGCAAUAAAAUUUUUUUUCGUGUACCGAAAUGUGUUUUAGCCAAAUUGUCCUGGAUCAUAAAUAUAUUUAAGUUAUCGUUAUUGAUAAUACCUACAGUGUUUGAAAUUAUGUUUAUUUAUUUUUUUGGGCGGUUAACGUUUAUAAUAAUGUUAUAGCUAUUGAAAACGCAUACAGUUUUGAAUUCAGUAAACAUUAACACCAAAUCGGACUAUAGACAGGUAAGUAUAAUACUAUUACACUUACUUGUUGUAAAUCGUAGCGGUCUGAUAUUUUUAAAUAAUAAUUUUUCGAUUUUCAGUUGAAAUUCGCUUCUUUGUACAUGUUACACACGGACUUCAAGUUUAUGCCGUGUGGCAUUUUUGAAAUGAAUUAUAGAAAUUUUGUUACAGUAAGUGAAUACUGCGGUCUAAUAUAAUAAUAUGGGGUAUACCUGACAGUCAAUACUAUGCCGUUAUUCUAGAGAUUUUAAUUAUUUUGUUUUGUUUAAGAUGACCACACUGAUUUUAGCGUUUGUAGUUUUUCAAGUUCAAAUGAAACUUUAAUGGACAAAGCGGCGAAGAUGAUGUACAAUUUAAACAAAGGAUGA